AACGCCUAAAGAAAUUACAAUAUUCUCUCCGCCGUUAUCCGGUCAGAUUCCGGUGCCGAGCUUGAUGCAUAUACAAGGGUUAUACUGAUCAGUGGAAGAUCUGCUCUGAUCAGGAAGGUGUUUGGUCAUAGCCGUCACAGGUAUCGAAAACUCACCAUUGAUAAGGUGGGCAUCUCCAUUGAACCAUUUCGUGAGGGCCUUUGACAUCGGACACCAUGAUCUGAUAAAUUUCAUCCCUGGCUCGAGGUGUUGAAGACGAGCAUGAAGGUAUAGAACAUCUGCGAGGGAUACUGAGACGAGAAGGUACCUUGAGAUAUUUUGGGCCACGAGUCUCGAAAGCAGAGGGGGGGAAACAAAAUGCAUAGUACCAACACCAUGCGACUGCUCAGCAUCCUCGCAUGCACAAUACCCUUCACUAUUUCACAGUCUCUGGCAUUUGAUGUCCGCGAGGCUACCAUACCAUCUCUGCACGCCUCAUUGUUCUCCGGCGUCACGACAUGCCGCGACAUCGUGAGCUCCUUCAUCGCUCGCGUUGAACGCUUCGAUCCCGACAUCAAUGCCAUCAUAACACUGAACCCAGACGCUCUGUCGAUUGCCGACUCGCUCGACGCAGCCUUGUCCAGCGGGAACGCCACGGGCUCACUGUUCUGCAUACCCAUACUGCUCAAGGACAACUACGACGCCACCCCGAUGCCAUCCACAGGAGGUUGCAUCGCCCUCAACUCGUCCACGCCGGCCCACGACGCACCCACCGUCGCGGCCUUCCGCGACGCCGGUGCCGUCAUCCUGGGCAAGUCAAACCUCCACGAACUCGCGUUGGAAGGGCUCUCCGUGUCCAGUCUCGGCGGCCAGACUCUGAACCCUUACGACCUUGGCCGCACGCCGGGCGGCAGUUCCGGAGGCACGGGCGCGGCCGUCGCCGCGUCGUUUGCCGUCUUCGGCACCGGCACCGACACUGUCAACUCCCUACGGUCCCCGGCGAGCGCAAACUCUUUGUUCUCGUUCCGUCCGACGAGGGGUCUGAUCUCGCGCGCGGGGGUCAUCCCCAUCUCCUACACCCAAGACACGGUCGGCGCCAUAGGUCGGUGCCUGUACGACAUCGCGGCGGCCCUGACCGUCAUGUCGAGCGUGGGCUACGACCCACGGGACAACGUGACCUCCGCGGCGCCUCCCUCGACCGUCGGGACGGACUACACGAGCUUUCUCACCUCGUUCCAAAACCUCACCGGCACUCGCAUCGGCGUGCUCGAAGGUUUCAUCGACCGGACCGACACCAACGAGACGACACCCGUCACCUCGGCCAUGUCCGCGGUGAUUGGCCUUUUGCAGUCUCAAGGCGCGACCGUCGUCAACAUCACCGACCCCAUCUACAACGCCACGGCCAUAUCGUCGGCGAUGGACGUACAGAGUUUCGAGUACCGCGAGGGUCUGACCUCCUACCUGUCCUCUCCGGACCUGGGGGGCACGCACCCUCCGAGCAUGCCCGAGUUGUACACGCCCAACCGCACCAGACCCGAAUUCCUCGUCAUCCCGAGUCAGUACGCUUACCUCGAGUCGAGUCUACGCUCGUCCACGGGCGACCCUGGCUACUUCAACAAACAAUCCCUCAUCGCCAACCUGACUCGCACCCUCCACUCGACCUUUCUGUCCGACGACCUCGACGCCGUCAUCUACCCGGAGCAAAAAAACCUCGUGGUCCCCGUGGGGUCCCCUUCGCAGUCCGGCCGGAACGGUAUCCUGGCCGCCCUCACGGGUAGCCCCGUCGUCACCAUCCCGAUCGGUUUCUCUCCCGCCACGGACUCCGCCCCCGUCGGGAUCCCCAUCGGCAUGGAACUGCUCGGUCUCCCAUUCGCCGAGGGGACACUACUCAAGCUGGCCAAAAGUAUCGACGAUCGACUCCACGCCCGCAAGGUGCCCGUCACCAACGGCUUGAAUGAGACCGUCGAAGUCACCACCACCUACACCCGAGUCCCGAAAGUGAAAUCUCUUCACAACAUACCGACCCAGUAUCCGCUCGGUGUUUAUUAAAUGAGUAAAGUGUGGAUUCCAACACGAUAUACCCAUCACCCACGUGCUUGUUAUAUAACUCCUCAAAAAAGUAUCCAAAACAUGACAGUGUCUGGGUGAUGAACUGAUCUGAGACGAACCCAAGUCUUGGAAACCAUAGCUAUGGGAGCCCCUUCCCCUCGGCGCG